GCAAGGCUCUGGUGGCGGCGGCGGCGCGCGAGCCCUUCGUGUGCGCGCAGUGCCAGACGGAUUUCACGUGCCGCUGGCGGGAGGAGAAGAACGGCACCAUCAUGUGCGAGACCUGCAUGACCUCCAACCAGAAGAAGGCCCUGAAGGCCGAGCACACGAACCGCCUCAAGGCCGCCUUCGUCAAGGCCCUGCAGCAGGAGCAGGAGAUCGAGCAGCGCAUCCUGCAGCAAACGGCCCCCCCGGGGCAGCCCAAGGCAGAGCCCCUCGUGCAGCACCACUCGCUCAAGCAGAGUUCCAGCCAGAUGUCCCGAGGGGCCGGAGCCUCGCGGGGGGUCCUGCACAGCUUCAGCCCGUCCCCCAAACUCCAGAGCCCCUCGGCCUCGCUGGGCGGCCGGAGCGGGAAGCACGUGGAGCGUUCCGGGAGCAAGGGCAGCGCGGCCUGGAAGAAAACCCCCCUGAGCACGGGUGGGGCUUUGCCCUUCGUCAGUCCCAGCUUAGCCGUGCACAAAUCGGCCUCGGCCGUGGACCGGCAGCGCGAGUAUCUCCUGGAUAUGAUCCCGCCCCGCUCCAUCCCACAGUCGGCCACGUGGAAAUAAUGCCCGGCAAGACUUGUCCUGUUUCUGCCAUCCUUUUUAUACCACAGUUCCGUGGAAUCUGCUUUAAUCCCAGCUGGAUACGCCCCAGGCUUUCUAGGAUGCAAGAAGACCACUCCUCAUCCCACCGAGCGCCGCCGUCCCUGCCGAGAGGAGUGACCCCCGCGGGUCCCGGAUUCCGACGGAGGCUGGCAGGGAGGGGAAGGAUUCCUUCAUUUUUUUUUGGCUUUCUGUAUUUAGUUUGGAUUUUUCCGUCACCAGCACAAAGGACUCAGUGACUUCUCUCUGCCUUUGGGUUCGUUCCCCGGCGACAAACCCAGCGCCGGGCCCGCGGCGCCGGGUCGCGCUCCAGCGUGGAAUUCGGGGGCCAGGAGGGAGGAAUUCCAGCCCCAUCCUGCAUUUAGUGAGCCGAGUUCGUGGCUGCUCCUCUUCCCCUGCCCCCUCCUCCAGCCAGGAAGGGAGUCUACACAUCCUGAUAUUCCCAAAAUCUCCUUCUGGUGGUGACGAGCUAACGAUAAAUAAGUGCGGACUCCGAUUCCGGUUGAGUACGGUCCUUUUCCCAAGGGAUUGGCUGCCACCAAAACUUGUCUGGUCGGUGGGAGCCACGCAGGAGUCUCUCACUUUU